CAACAUACGAGUUGUCCGCAAUGAUUAGUCUUGCUGAUGUUCUGCUGCUGCCUGGUCGUAGUUGUGAGGCGGCCAGCGGCUUCGCCGAGUCAUCCAUGCAGUUGGUACUGCGUAAGGUGGGAGUUGACAGCCUCCAUUCCCCGUGUCAGGACUCUUUCUCAGCCUCGCAGGGGGGUGCACCGUCGCUCUCCGAUGGAGCACUGGCCGAUUCUCUAUCUUGUGCUGGCCAACACCAUCUAUCGAGAAGGUUCCUGUCUGUCGGGAUGCCGUCGAACCCCUUUGAUUCAGAGGUAUCUCGCCGAGACAAGCCAAGAGCUCCGAGUGAGAACGAAGGCACGACACUUCCGACCCGCGCUCUCAUCAGCAUGGGCGGCCAGGUCGGGUCCAACCCGCACCCUCUCAACAACUUCGUCCCGACCACGGUGACGAACAACGUCUUCCGGGGGAACAUUGGCUUCUCCAUCGUGAUCAACAGGUGGGUCGACGGGCUGAUGGUAGGCCGCCCGUCAAGCUACUCCGUACCGCCGCCAGAAAAUUGACCCUCGCUUACUAUUCAUUCUCGUCGGCAUCGACACGGCGGGCGGCGUGUGGACGGCCAAGUGGGCGAGCGGCCG